UUAUGAUCUAAAAUUGAAUAAGGUCUUAUUUCCUCUUAAAAAUUUAGAGUAAAAAAUACGUUAAGGCAAAGAAUGAUAUUAAUUGAAUGAAACAUCGGUUUUUUCAUUAAUUUUUGCAUUAUUAAAUAAUUGAAUAAUAGGAAAAGUGAAUAAUAAAAUAAAAAAAAUAUAGUAAAUCACUAAAAAUGUAAAACAAACCUUGUGAUUGGAUAUGUGUUGAAUGCAGAAACUUAAAUUACUCAUUUCGAAAGAUUUGUAAUAGAUGUCAAUAAUGUUCGAGAGAUGCUCCUGGAACAAGAUUUAUUCCAAAUAAAAUUGAUUAAGGACUAUAAAUCUUAUAAAAAAUAAAGCUACAAGAAUAAGAUUUAGGAGGGAGCAGUCAUAGCUCAGUAGAAAGCAAUGAUGAUGAAGAUGUUGUUUUUUCAUAAGCAUUAUUCCUUGAAGAUUUAUCCAAAAAAAGUGAAAGCUUGAAUAAGUCUUUUUCAUUUUUGAAGAAAUGUUCAAUUUGUUAGUGCUAGAACUACUUUUAUUAAUAAAAAUGUAGUCAAUGUGGAUUCUCUUAAUUUAUUUGAUACCAUGAUUUUAUAACUUGAUUAUUUCUUUUUAUAUCUUGGGG